UCGGCGGUAAACCUCUACCGGCACGGCUCGCAGUUUCGCCAGUUCAACGAGAUCCGGCGCGCGAGUGUUAAAUCGCGGCGUCAUCAUCGUCGCGUUCCGCGUUUUCGCUACGCUCUCGCGAAUGUGCUCGUUCUCAACCAGGGUAAUCUCCCUCGGCUUUCACCGAUUCCUUCGUUCGUCCAUCAACGGCGCCGCCGCGACGGAUCUCGCGACAGCGCGAGAAUCGAAGCACGCGGACAUUUCGAGAGCGCGUUCGAGAGGAACGACAGCUCGCCGCGAGUCGCUCUCCCGCGAAGGCGGUACGACGAGAGGAGACGAGAGAAGAGAGGAAAGGCUAGGCUACGAUAGGAGAGGAGAGGAGAGGGAACGGUGGCAUCCCCGUGUUUCGCGAGCGAAACGUCACGGCUAUCAGUCGCUGAGCGCGAGCCGUGAAGCGAGUUGGUAGUCUCGCGCGCGCACGCGUGCUAUCGAUUCGGCGGAACGCAUUCGCGACGUGUUGUUCGCGUCGCGAGCGAUGCUGGUGACGAGAGUGUGAUCGAUCAUCGGCAGCAGACAUCGCCGGGAAGUAAUCUUCUUCGGGGCCGGUAGUAGGACGUGGCGUAGCUCGGAGCGUAGAUUCGGUGCGUGAGUUCGGAGCGAUCAGGGGAGAGUAGACGAGGGAGAAGAGGACAGACGGACUGACGAUCGUGUCCGGCGUACCCACGUGACAAUCGAAGUGCCGCUCGCGCGCGAAGGUGUCAUUUCGCAAGACUGCAAUAACACACGAGAUUCUGUGCUCACAGGAGCUUCUCUCGCGCGGGAUAGCAAGCGAGAGAAAGAGAGGGAGAGAGAAAGAGGGAGAGAGAAGGAGCGAUACGAUCGAUGUUCACGUGACAAUCAACAACGCGGAGUGAAGUUGUCGCGAGAGGGUGCGCGAACAACGGCCAUAUUCAAGGCGAGCCGUCGCUCCGGGUAGGCAUCGUCGGAAAAACGGUCUCGCGGCCAUCCACCGGGACGUAGGCUGUGUUCGCGCGCCAAAUACGCUAGGACGCGUGGCGACGACGAGGACGACGAGAAGAGGACUGCAGCAGACGAGAACGAGAACGAGUGGACGAGGAGGCGGACGUCCCGAGCGGUAAUAGCGACCCUGUCACACCGAGAUGGAGUUCAAGUUCAACGUAAAUAAACUCUUGCCCAGGAAGAUCAACAAGGUCACGCACAAUCUGGUGCCGGAAGACUUCAAAGGCGAUCGGCGCGAGCUGAACGAAUGUCAGAGACUGCUGAGCAGAAUACUGGACGACAUGGGCGAGGCAUCGGCGAGGGCUCAAGGCCUCAACAAACCCAUCACCAGCGCCCUUAAGCUCCGUGACACGGAUCACACGGUCUAUCUGCUCGUGGAUAACGAGGCGAACAACGGUCUGGGUUGCGUGGUGGGCCUGCUAAAGACGGGAUCGAAGAAUCUGUUUCUGUUCGACGAGACGGGAGUGCAUUAUCAGCUGCAGGCGAGAUGCAUCUUGGACUUCUACGUGCACGAGUCGCGACAACGCAUGGGCCUGGGCAAUAUCCUUUAUCAGCACAUGUUGUCCGAGGAGAACAUCAGGCCGGUGAAAUUAGCUAUCGACCGACCGUCGGAGAAGUUUCUGGCUUUCCUGCGCAAGUACUACGGACUAUCGAAGAUCGUUCCUCAGAAUAAUAAAUUCGUCGUCUUCGAGGGAUUCUUCGAUGAUGAGAGUCGAGAUAUGAGGAGCAACCGAUACAGUCUACCUCCCAGAAUGAACUUGGACGACGGAACGUCGAGCAGCAACAACAACAAUAACAACAAUAGCAUUAACGGCGCCAGGUUCAACGGGGACCCGUAUGUGCCGUCCGUUUCGCGCGGCACGUUCGGCAGAUACGCCGCGGCGCGACCGCCCUGUUCCAUGGCAAAUAUAAUCCAUAACACAGCGAUGCUUGGUCAAUCAGCCGAGCGCACCGGCGACGAGAGUAACAGCGCGUCGUCGCCACCGCAACAAUUGCAGCAGCCUCCGCUGCCGCCGCCGCCACCAGCUCCGCUGAAGCUGGAACGACCACGUUCCUUGAGUCUCUAUUCCGAAGAGGAACAGAAGCAACGCAGUAUCGAGAUGACCACCGUGCCGACGCCCGCCGUACCGGACAAUCAGCCGUUUGUUCCGAUCCUGUUAGAGACAGAGAAGACGGAGAAGAACGUGAAGCCGUCGCCGUCGUGCGGCCAAGAGGUCACCGGUACCAAUCAACACGGACACCUAGACCUCAAGUUCUACCAUUCGCCUUUGUGGUGAAAUUCCUCGUCCGACAUUCCUCUUUCAAGCUGCUACUCAUUUCACGAACGGAUCGGACCAAGUCGAGUUAGCAUUAAACACGGUUGACGCGAUUUUCUUUUCCUCGCUGUAGGUAGAAGUGCAAAUCUAGAGAAAUAUGAGAGACUAACUCAGCGCUAACUCAGGAUAGAGACACUUGCGGCCCGCGGAUCAGUCCACGCUGCCGCGAUCCGAGUCGGAGGAUGCAUUGUCACGUCUCAAUUUCGACGCUCUUCUCGCUGUGAGAGGAAGCAACGACAUUCCGCACCCUACGAGGAAUUGAAUGUAGAUUGAAGGGAAUUAACGAGGAGUCAGAUUCGUUGCAGACUCUGUUUCUAUGUUUCCUUGUGCUUAUAAUAGCAGAAUCGUUCCUGUAAUUCUCUCUGUGGAAGAGAAUCCGCGUAAUGACAACGUUUUUUCCCCAGAUAGCACCCAAAUAGCAAGAUGAUGUCAAAUUAUGUAGUAAUUAUAUCAUUAAUGUUAAAAACGCCAUUAAUGUAUCAUUAAAAUGUCACUUGACAUUAUCAUGUUUGCUGGACUAAAAUAUCUUUUAAAUAUCUCAGAGACAGCUGAAAAUAUUUCUGCUUCUUUAAAUGUCUCUGAGACGUAUUUAUAAUAUUUACGCUAUCUGGGUCGUUAAAGAAACUGAAUUGUCAGUUCCUCGUUAUUUUACGAAAAUUAACGCGCUUGCAAUCAAAAACACAGAAGAAAUACAGAAAAGCUAUCAAACAGAAAGACAUUCAAAGCUUCUUAUUCUUGAUUUCGAAGAUUUGAUAAUUACUUCGCCACGGAUCGAAUAUCCGCGUUGAUACUUUUUAAUCUUGGAUGAAUGCGUAUGUGUGUGUGCGUGUGUGUGCGUGUGCGGAUAAACUUAUAUAGUAGAGUAUAUUUGGCAUGUGGUUGGAAUGGAUCACAAAUUCAUAUCUAUUCGAGGAAUAAAUUAAUAAAUAUGAAUAAAAAGCCAGCGCGAAGAAACACGACGAAUAUCGAUAAAUUGUUGCCGCAUUUUCAGAGAGGAAAUACAGUCACCCUCUAAAUAUAGAGGAUAGUUCUAGAUUAUCCUGUUAUGAAGGGACCUCGUGUAGCAACAUAAGCUUUUGUGGCUUUUACAAUUUUAUGUCGAGACAACAGUUAUUUUCUUUUUUUUUUUUAAUAAAAUGUAGAUUUUGUAGAAACGUAUAAGAGAGAGAAAGAGAAGGAGAGCUGAUAAGGUGUACCAGAUCUGUCUAUGUAUUUUCGUCAGGAAAAUUUAUCGCGUUUAUUCGACCAAUUUAUAUGUCAUCGAUAGAAUUUAAGUUAACAAGUAUGUACGAUAAUUUAUAAACGCGGAAACAGUGACAUAAUAAUGUAGACACAAUUGUCACUUUACUGUACAGAGUGUGUACGAAUUCGUAGGGAAGUGCACUCAAGCGCAUGCGCGGCGCUACUCCUUGUAAAUCGAAAUAAUUUAUUUAUUUAUUUAUUUAUUUGUAUUCAAUGUGUCGGGUAAAUGAAAACUACUGCAUGUCAUGCGGUAUUUCCGCGUAUGUACAAUGUCUUCGCUUCGAAUCGAUAUGACUGAUAUACUUGUUAAACAGUGCACAUGUAAUACGUAGGCAUAAAACGCUUUUACGUACACAAAACACUGAUCAAUAUUAUAAUAUGCAUGAAAAUUAGUCUCUAGUUAUUAUAUCGAUAUCGUAGAGCCAGCACACACACUACGAGUAGAAUUGAGACGUACGAAUACAUUAGCAUACAUUUGCAUUCAAUAAAAGACUGUCGUAAAAUCUGUCGUAAAAUUAAAACGCACAGUAUAUCAUGUGUGAGUGUAUAACAUCAAAAGAUUCAUUAACAUUUCAGGAUGUACAAUCCAAAUAGCGGGACAUUCUGCAAAGAUUACAAGGACUACUAUUAAAGAAAUGGAUCAAUGUGGACGGAUAAGUUUUUUGUCGGGGUCCCAAUAACUUGCAAAUGUUCCAUAAAUAUAAUGUAAUGAGAUUGAUAAUUAAUUGGUGCAUGUAGGGGUACAAUAAGUUUAGACAAACAAUCAGGCAGCGAUAUCUGUGUCACACUUCAUAGCUGAACAAGUUUUAUAUAAUAAUCAAUUUUUAGAGAGAAAAAAGCGGUAGGCGUGCAUUGUUCCGAAAAAAAUAUACCGAAAUGUAAAAAGUAGGACAAUUGUCCAAAAAGUCAUAAUAUCGAAAUUUGAGUACCGAUAUAAUUGCUCAAAAUACGAUUUUACCAAAACAUUAGUAGCAUACAAUUUGUUCUCGAAAAGUUAUAUUAUUGAAAUCCGAAUACCGAAACAAAUUACCGAAAUGUAGGAAACAUACCAUUUUCUCAAGAAAUCACAAUAACGAAUCGCAGAAACAAUAUAUCCAUGGAGUAUAUUGAAAGUACAUAUAAUAUGACGUAAAACAAUAUUCAAGUUAUAUACAGAUAUAGACAGUAUGCUGAAAAGUACAAAGUGUUGUCAUCACCAUAUUUUAAAAUGUAGAAUAUUUUUGACAUCAAGGUAAAAGGAGACCAAUUUUUAUUUUCAUUACUUAAUAGUGUUAGUUGGGUGUGUAUAUGUGUAUGUGCGCGUAUGUGUGUGUACAAGAUGCUAUUAUAAUAUUUGAAAAAAUUAAGAAAGAUUGCUUGAAACUAAGACGCAGUCUAAAAAUAUUAUUUCCACUAUUAUUUAAAAUAUUAUUUCUCGCGAUUCUCGAUAAAUCAAAUGACAUCAGCAAGAUUCUCUAUUUAUAAAAAAUUACGAACGAACAGUUUGAUUAAUGGAAGAUACCAUCGCACGAUAUAUCAUAGUCAUGAAUCAAGUCGAAAAACGACAAUGACCUCUGGAUAUAUUUAUAAAUAUGAAUACAUAUCUUCUCUCUUUUCCCGUUGGUGUUGAAAACUAUGUACUUUUUAGCAUGCUAUAUAUAUAUAACUUAAAGGUAAAAUAAGGCUUCACACCAUUACAUACAUUUUCAAAAUACUUUAUGAAUGUUUUGUUUGCGUAUUUUGUUAUUAUGGCCUUUUGGGAAAAUUGAGUGCUUCCAAUAUUUCAGCGAUUUGUCUCCGUAUUCGAAUUUCGGUAACUUUUCGAGCAAAUUGUAUACUACCAUACUUCGGUAAAAUUGUAUUUCGACCGAUUGUCUCGGUAUGCGAAUUUCGGUAUUAUAACACUUUUCGGACAAAUUAUUUCCGUUCUAAAAUUUCGGGACAAUGCAUAUCCAUCAAAAGAGCGAUACACGAACAACUUCAUAAACGAAAAGACAACUCCGAUAAUAUAACGUUAAAAAUAAAAAUAUCUUUGUCCUUUAUUCGAAUAAAGAAGAAAUAAAUAGAUAAAGAUAAAGAAAAACGUUCGUUUAUUUUAUAAUAUUCAACGAAUUUACAAAAUUAUAUUUGUUAUAAUUUUCCUUAAGUUAUAUAUUUUCUAUCCGUUUAAAUCUUUCACUUUUACCAAAUCGUAUAAAAUCACUGUCAUGUAUAUAAUACAUAUAUAUAUAUAUAUAUAUUACAUGAUAGAGAAUAAAUACAUAAAUAUACCAAUAAAAUAUUACCAAUAAAA